UGUGUGUGUGUGUGUGUGUGUGUGUGUGUGUGUGUGUGUGUGUGUGUGUGUGUGUGUUUUCGCUCGUUUGGAGAAAAGAGUGAACUGCAGAUGAUGAGAUAUUUGAAAUGUUGUCUGUGGUUGGAUUGAUGUCGCCCAGAGGUCACACAUCCAUCACCGCCGCCUGAUGCGGAAUGGAGCCGUCAUCCACCCAUCUGUUGACCGCCCGGCUCGGUCUGAUUCGCCAUAACGCUUAAAAACACAACACUAACUCAACCGCGUCCUCUCCUCGUUGUUUGGGUUGCGCACUGCUCUUUGUUUGUGUUCGAAUCCGAUGUUACAAACUGCGGGUUGUGCAGGACGAGGCUGCGAACAAAGAACAUCGCUCCGAUGCGCUGAGAAAGAAGCCAAAUUCCACCUUAAAUGCCAUUUGCGUCUGUAGUGGAGACCUAGGCGCCAUCUUCGGUCCACCUUAAGCGCACAAUGUGGCCAACGAACGCAAGCGUACCAGCCAGGCUUCCGUCCUCAUUCUCCAGCCGGGGAUCGCACUCUGGCUUCCAGCUUUUGACACAGCAGCGUCACUUGUGAAACAACAGAGGGGAAGAAAGACGCACUCGGGCCAAACCCCAUCCGCACCAGCAGCAGAAGAUGUCCGAGCCCAAUAAGUACCGAGAGUGGAUCCUGGAAACAAUCGACUCUCUCCGCUCGAGGAAAGCCCGUCCGGAUCUGGAGAGGAUUUGUCGAAUGGUCCGGAGACGACACGGGUCCGACCCGGACAGAACCAGGACAGAACUGGAAAAACUGAUUCAAGAGCAGACCGUGCUCAAAGUUAGCUACAAGGGCUCCAUAUCGUACCGAAACGCGGCGAAGGUGCAGAGGAAAAGCAGAAAGAAGAGUGAGUUUACGGCCGCUGGCAGCAGCAGCGGCGGCGGCAGCGCGGAGGCUGCGAGGGAGCGGACCAAACACGACCAUCUGAACAACAACGGCGACAGUGCGCACAGCUUCACUGACCAGGAGGAGGGAGAGGAGGACUCGGAGCCCAGCCCAGAUCCCCACACUCAAACAUCAGCCAGCGCCGCCGGGAAGAAGCUCAAGUCUGCCUCCAGCCCCAGUAGCGGAAACGGGUGCCUCAGUUGUGGCGCAACAACGGGCUGCGAUGUCGGGAGCGGCUGUAAAGAGGAGAAAGCAAGUGCACCGAGAGACAAGGGAUUAGGACAGCAGGGAGCGGGGGACUGCCAGUCGCCCAGCCUCGGCCACGGAACAAGCGCGGACGACGACGGCGGUGAUGCCAGCAGAACAACACCGAGCAAAGCCGACGCAGUUCGCGGGGGGACAGAGCCGGGUUUGUCCGGGGCUGACACCCAGAACAAAACUUGUUCUGGGAGCGUCGGCAACCUCCCUCAACAACAGAAGCAGAAGCAGACUGUGCCCCUCAAGCCCAAACUUCGAGCAGCAGGAGGAGGGGGCAACAAAACAGCGGGGAACCACGCCAACUCCGACCUGGGCGACAGAUUGGUGGCUUCUGUUCGCAGCCUGUCCGAGAGGAGCCUCCGGGGGGGCUCCGCAGCCGCGACCAGAGGCCACACCAAGUCGCUCGGGCUGAAGGAGAUUUUGGGCUAUUUGAGCAGCCAGGAGCGGCUGUCGGAGGAGAAGCUGACCCGAGGCAAAGUCAAAGUGGUCAUGGAGAGAGAGGUGGCGAGGGGCAGGCUGCGCAGGACCCGCUGCGGGAACAUCACUCUUCCUCUGAGGGGGGUGGUGGUGGAGGAGCCGAUGCCGAAGAAUGCGUCCGCUGACAGACUUAUAAAGAGCGCACUGCAGGACAAGCCCACAGUGAAAAAGCCGCCGUCCCCCACUCUCCAGGAAGAAGAGGAACGGGAAGAGAAUGAGGAAGAGGAGGACAAUCCCCGGAGUUCUGAUGAGGAGGGAGGACUAUCCCCGGUAGCCAUGACAACCGAACCAGAGCUCAUUGAGAAAACCACGGAAGAUGCUGUGAUCCAGACAGCAUCAAAGCAGGAGAGCCCCCAGCAGCAACACGGUGGCAAAGGGAUGUCUGAGAUGGAUCCCCUCACCAGGAUCCCGUGUCAACCUGUUCAGGGAGCUUCUCUCAUACGAUGUAACAGUGCACACAUGGAGGAGAGAGCUGAUCAGCUACAUAUGGAGGCGCAAAAUCAGAUGCAGCAUGACAGAAUCAACCACAGCUCCACAGGCUUUAACAGCUUGGAGUCUAAGACCGAGGUCAGCGUGUCGUCCUGCCUGCUCACACCCACUGCCUCCCCAAGAGAUUCUGGCGUGUCUGAAGAACGAGGGAUAAACGGUGGAGUUAGCAGUGGAGGGUUUAUGAAGUCUGAGGGGGCCAGUGGGAGCCCGGUGGACUGGACAGUGUCUGAUGUGGUCAGUUAUUUCACAGCAGCAGGUUUCCCUGAGCAGGCUGCUGCCUUCAGGACCCAGGAAAUCGAUGGCAAGUCUCUUCUCCUCAUGCAGCGUAAUGAUGUUUUGACUGGCUUGUCAAUCAGACUCGGCCCCGCCCUCAAGAUCUAUGAGCGUCAUGUAAAGGUUCUGCAGAAAACGCACUUUGAGGAUGACGACUGCUAACGACAGACAAGUGAAAUAUACACAAAGACUGUUAUGUCUGUAUCUACAUAUAGCUCAAGUUAUCAUAUAAAAAUGUAUGCAUGAUGUACAAUACACUUUUCAUCUCAUGUCAAACAGCGCACACACACACACACACACACACACACACACACACACACACACACACCUCUGUUUCUCUUCCUUCUGUCCCUCUACGACAGCUCUGGUCCAGAAAUGACCCACAGAAAUGAGACUGGAUUUCCUGGACAGCUAGGCUUUUCUACCAAACAGGCCACAAAUGUUGGAGGGAGAAAGUUGACAUAUAAAGUUUUAAGAGGUUACACAGAAUCAUGCAAGUUCUCUUUUUUUAAUGUACAACAUUCAAGCACUUUGCAGUUUAAACUGUGCAAGAUGGUUUGUUUUUAAACUGUUAUACUGUAACUUCAUGCACGUUUUGAAAGAGGUCGUGGUUAUUCUGCGUGGAAGUUUUUUGGUUUGUUUUUUGAGGCUGUGAUGCAAAGUUUUCUCGCUUGUUGGUGUUUGUUUGUCAUUGUACACAUGCUGUACAUGGUUGCGGAGGCUGACAGAGAAUGUUGGUUUUAACAGCAACAAAAUAGAAGUUGAACAGAUUAAAUGCAUUCCCAGAGGCUGGAGUGUGGAGAUAAAAUCCGGUGCAGGGUUCACGACCUUGUGCAAACGGUCGUUGGUCAAAGCAAUAAGCCCCCUAAAUGUUUCAGAGGUAGAAACUCAUCAGCUUGUAGAUCAGCAGGUGGUUGAUUUUGUGUAGCUUCAUAUUUCAGAUGAAAAUCUAUUAAAUAAAUGCAUCUGUUCUGGCCUAUGCAUCGCCACAUCAGGGGCCAGUUUCAGAAAGAUAUACUUUGACUGUGGCUUAGAUCAAGUCAGACUUCAGAUAGAUGAAAAAUCAUCCAUCGCUUAAAGCUUUCUAAUUCUCAAGUAAGAAUAAUUUGCAAGGAAUUGUGGGUAAAUUAAUACUUUUUUCAAAUGAAACCUUGCUGACAGGGUAACUGCAUCAAAACACUCAGGUCUGUUCACUCUGGCAGAAAAUGUUUUCCCUUUGAAAUGAUUCAAAGACAUUUUACUGGGAAAAUUCAGCAAAGAGUGUAACAAUACAGAAAUCCUCUAUUAGAAUAAACAGUAAACAACAAUAAACAACACAGGUCAGACCUGUAGCAGAGCUCAGAUGUUGUGGCUUCUUAAUUUAACCUCUUCUUAAUAACUUGUCAGUCACACCAGUUUAACGACUGAGCUAGCACUAACUGGCAACUGACUACUGUAAACUCUUCUAUUUCUUAUUAACGAGUUCCACAACAUUGUUAGCAUACGACAAAUGAUGAGCUCUGCUUUCCUCUCUUUUGUUAUUUGGUGCCACUGGUCAGCAGGUGUCGCAGAUUGUUAGUGUGGAAACAUGGCUCAGAGUUAGCCUGGUGGUAGGAUGGCCAGCUUUUAGAAUAAGUUGGACUAACUUGCAUUAGAUUAAUCUAAGAGCAACAUUAAGACCGGACUAACACUACAGAGCAUCUCAAAUAUCUUUGUGAAAAAGGCCUCAAGAGUCGGCUGCAGAAAUGUUGAAGAAAUGCUCCAGUUAGCUGAACUGAAAUCUGCAGAACGAUCGACUCUCAGCCAGACGAAAUAAAUCUUUUUCACAGCAGUCAUUUUGACAUGAGAUUACCCUACUAUUUCAUGUCAAAAUGACUGCUGUGAAAAAGAUUAUUUCAUCUGGUAGCAAAUCAUGUUCAGUUCCCCUUUCCAGUGAGCCAACAUGCACAAUAACAACACACUGACUCUGUUUGACCUGAAUGUAUAAAACCUGUGUUUACCCUACUGUUUCAUGCCAAGAUGGCUGCUGUGAAAAAGGUCCGUAGAGUGAAUAUGUAAAUAUAUUCAAGAUCAGUCCAUUUGAUAAAUCAGCCUCCAUUUGUAAAUUAUUGAUCGAAAAUGAUCUAACUCAAAGAUGUUAUCGCAGGGUAAAGCUGAGUCAAUCAAUCAACUAAUCUCAUACCACCAGCAUUUUUUUAACUGUUUGUACCCGACAAACCUUAGAAACCAAAUGCUGUCGAAUUCUCACACAUUUCAUUCCCAGCUUGACAUUCCUGGUUUGGCAUCUCCUCUGUGUGCAUGCAUUAUAAAAAAAAAUGUCUAUGUUUCUAUUUAACUUUUUUUAGCAUAUUGGUUUGUAAAUGUCUCUUUGCACAUUCAAACCUCCUCUACCUCUCUCCCCUCAUUAUUCGCUUCACUUUCACUUUCUUUGCCACCUCCAAUAACUGGUUUUCAGGUCAUUACAGUUAGCAGAAAGUGUACGUUACAGUGGUUAUUGCCACUGUUGGUACUGUGAUCGUUUCAUUCUCAUUAGUUAAAUCUGUAGGAGAGGACAGCUGUGUUCAAGUUCAGAUUCUCACCAGGGGAAUGUACAGUGUGUCUAUGCUCUUGUUGCUUGUCUCAAGUUAUUUGUUAAAGGACAACUUUAGUAAUAAAGGUUUUAAUUAAAACACCACAA